CAAGCAGACGUGCAGGCCAGCCGACGUGCAGGCCAGCCGACGUGCAGGCCAGCCGACGUGCAGGCCAGCAGCCGUGCAGGCCAGCAGCCGUGCAGGCCAGCCGACGUGCAGGCCAGCCGACGUGCAGGCCAGCCGACGUGCAGGCCAGCAGCCGUCCAGGCCAGCAGACGUGCAGGCCAGCAGUCGUGCAGGCCAGCAGACGUGCAGGCACGUAGACGUGCAGGCCAGCAGCCGUGCAGGCCAGCAGAUGUGCAGGCACGCAGACGUGCAGGCACGCAGACGUGCAGGCACGCAGACGUGCAGGCACGCAGACGUGCAGGCCAGCAGCCGUGCAGGCCAGCAGCCGUGCAGGCCAGCAGCCGUGCAGGCACGCAGCCGUGCAGGCACGCAGCCGUGCAGGCCAGCAGCCGUGCAGGCACGCAGCCGUGCAGGCACGCAGCCGUGCAGGCACGCAGCCGUGCAGGCACGCAGCCGUGCAGGCACGCAGCCGUGCAGGCACGCAGCCGUGCAGGCCAGCAGCCGUGCAGGCACGCAGCCGUGCAGGCCAGCAGCCGUGCAGGCACGCAGCCGUGCAGGCCAGCAGCCGUGCAGGCACGCAGCCGUGCAGGCCAGCAGCCGUGCAGGCCAGCAGCCGUGCAGGCACGCAGCCGUCCAGGCCAGCAGCCGUGCAGGCACGCAGCCGUCCAGGCCAGCAGACGUGCAGGCACGCAGCCGUCCAGGCCAGCAGACGUGCAGGCACGCAGCCGUGCAGGCCAGCAGCCGUGCAGGCCAGCAGACGUGCAGGCACGCAGCCGUCCAGGCCAGCAGACGUGCAGGCACGCAGACGUGCAGGCACGCAGACGUGCAGGCACGCAGACGUGCAGGCACGCAGACGUGCAGGCACGCAGACGUGCAGGCACGCAGACGUGCAGGAACGCAGACGUGCAGGCACGCAGACGUGCAGGCACGCAGACGUGCAGGCCAGCAGACGUGCAGGCACGCAGCCGUGCAGGCCAGCAGCCGUGCAGGGCAGCAGACGUGCAGGCCAGCAGACGUGCAGGCACGCAGCCGUCCAGGCCAGCAGACGUCCAGGCCAGCAGCCGUGCAGGCACGCAGCCGUCCAGGCCAGCAGACGUGCAGGCACGCAGCCGUCCAGGCCAGCAGACGUGCAGGCACGCAGCCGUCCAGGCCAGCAGACGUGCAGGCACGCAGACGUGCAGGCCAGCAGCCGUCCAGGCCAGCUGGCGUGCAGGCACGCACCCGUCCAGGCCAGCAGACGUGCAGGCACGCAGCCGUCCAGGCCAGCAGACGUGCAGGCACGCAGCCGUCCAGGCCAGCAGACGUGCAGGCACGCAGCCGUCCAGGCCAGCAGACGUGCAGGCACGCAGCCGUUCAGGCCAGCAGACGUGCAGGCUCGCAGCCGUCCAGGCCAGCAGACGUGCAGGCACGCAGCCGUCCAGGCCAGCAGACGUGCAGGCACGCAGCCGUCCAGACUCCUGA